CAUUAUCUCCUGUUAGUUAAUGCUUGGCGGAUGCUCCGCCUUCGCAAUUGGCUAUUCCGAUGUCGUCAAUUAAUAGGGCGCGUAGUGGAUACGGAUUAUCAAACGCUUUGAUAUUUUUUUCCUACGGCGCGGGCCGUUGCUCAAGCUCAUGCACCUCCAUUCGUUUUUUUUUCUUUUAUUCUAUCCAACUUCUCACUUUUCUUGUAGGUAAAUUAUACGAGAGUGCCUAAUAUGGACGAAACGCAGCCCCUUCUACAAGAUACGAAUUUAGUAUACGUCGAAAGAGAAGAUGAUCCUUCAAGUAAGGAUAUCGUCGACUUCGACCCCAAUGGCGAUGCGGAGAAUCCUAUGGAAUGGCCAUUGGCCUAUAAGUGGUUUAUAUCUGGUCUGCUCGCUUUUAUGGCAUUUACUGUGACGUUUACGUGUGUUUCCGUUGUGCCCGUUGCAUCACGUAUUGUGAAAGAUCUCAACCAUGGUCAAUCUAGCAAAUCCGCAAGUGUGCUUCUAGUGACAAUUUGGGAACUUGGUGAGGCCGCUGGCCCAUUGCUCAUUGCGCCAUUAUCUGAAAUUUUCGGACGCUAUCCCGUUAUGAAUGCUGCCAAUGCGCUUUUCAUAGUAGCAACGAUUCUUGCAGCAAUAUCCCAAAGCACGGCCCUUUUUAUUGCCGCAAGAACUUUGACAGGACUCGCUGUAGCCUCGAAUGUGUUGAACCCCGCCAUCGUCGGGGACAUAUUUGCGAAGGAACAGAGGGGCUCCGCUAUGAGCAUGAUCCAACUCGCUCCCUUGAUCGGCGGUGCGGUUGGACCGGCUAUCAGUGGGGCCAUCGCCGAAACUAUGGGUUGGCGAAGAACCAUUUGGAUGAGCGUAAUUCUCGCAGUUAUAUGCGAAGUAGCAUUCUUGACCAGCUUUCGGGAAACCUACAAGGUUCCUAUCCUGAGGCGGAAAGCGGCUAGGCUCCGGCGUGAAACUGGUAACACCUCAUUGCGGACUGUAUUUGACGCAGAUGACGGUUCGCAAUCGGAGAAAUUUUGGGACGCUAUCGUCCGACCUUUUACUGUCCUGGCCGGUUCCAGUGUCCUACAGAUCUUGUCGGUGUUUGGCUCCGUAGUUUUCACCUACUUUUACAUCAUGUCCACUACAUUACCCGAUAUCCUCGAGACGACGUACGGUCUUUCACCCGCCGAAGCAGGAUCGGCUUUCAUGACCUAUAGCGUCGGCUCGGUUAUCAGUGUAAUCAUAUGCAACCUAACUCUAGAUAGGAUUUACAUCAAACUCCGUGACUCCAAUAAAGGAGUAGGCCAACCAGAGUACCGGCUUCCUCUUGUGAUUAUUGGCGGUUUCACACUGCCCAUCAUUGUCGCAUGGUACGGAUGGGCUGCUCAGCUACAACACCCAAUUUCAACACUCCUCCUAUCCGUCGCCAUGGUUGGCUCUACGAUGACAUUUGGAUUCUUGCCCUUCUACGCAUAUGUCGUAGAUGCGUUCGGACUCUACGCUGCUUCUGCCAUGACUGCAGUAAUUGUUAUACGAUGUCUAGCUGGCACAUUCCUACCCCUUGCUGCUGGAUCGCUUACUAAUAAGUUUGGCUAUGGUCUGGGCUUUUCUAUUUUAGGAGGGGCUAGUCUUCUCCUUGCCCCUAUUCCGAUAUUCGUACUCAGGUACGGGGCGAAAUGGCGACAAGGAUCAAAAUAUACCAGAGACGAAUAAGCAACCUGAUUCCCCUCGAGACAUGCAUAGAAGGCCCGGUAUUUACUUAAUGAUUAAUAAUAGAGUUCUAAAUAGAAACGA